AUGUCUCUUUCCGUCCAGCUCGAGACGCCGUCUGCCGGCAAGUACGAGCAGCCAACUGGCCUUUUCAUCAACAAUGAGUGGGUGAAGCCAGUCAGCGGCAAGUUCUUCGAUGUCAUCAACCCAACCGACGAGUCCGUCAUCUGCCAAGUCGCAGAGGCCGAUGAGAAGGAUGUCGACAUCGCCGUCGCCGCCGCCCGCAAGGCCUUCGAGGGCCCAUGGAGACAAGAGACCCCAGAGAACCGCGGCAAGCUCCUCGUGAAGCUCGCCGAGCUCUUCGAGAAGAACCUCGACCUCCUCGCCUCCGUCGAGGCGCUCGACAACGGAAAGGCGUUCAACAUGGCCAAGGUUGACAUUGGCAUGUGCGCUGGCUGCCUCCGAUACUACGGUGGCUGGGCCGACAAGAUUGAGGGCAAGGUCGUCGACACCACUCCAGAUACCUUCAACUACAUCAAGAAGGAGCCAAUCGGUGUGUGCGGUCAGAUCAUCCCAUGGAACUUCCCACUCCUCAUGUGGGCAUGGAAGAUUGGUCCAGCCGUUGCCACUGGUAACACCGUUGUCAUCAAGACUGCUGAGCAGACUCCUCUUGGUGCCUACGUUGCCGCCAACCUCAUCAAGGAGGCCGGCUUCCCACCAGGUGUCGUCAACGUCAUCUCUGGGUUCGGAAAGGUCGCCGGUGCCGCCAUUGCAUCGCACAUGGACAUCGACAAGGUUGCUUUCACCGGUUCCACCGUCACUGGACGCACCAUCCUCAAGGCUGCCGCUGGCUCCAACUUGAAGAAGGUCACCCUCGAGCUCGGUGGCAAGUCGCCCAACAUUGUCUUCGACGAUGCUGACAUUGACAACGCCAUCUCAUGGGUCAACUUCGGUAUCUUCUUCAACCACGGCCAGUGCUGCUGUGCUGGUUCGCGUAUCUACGUCCAGGAGGGCAUUUACGACAAGUUCUUGCAGCGAUUCAAGGAGCGCGCACAGAAGAACGUUGUUGGUGACCCAUUCGCCGCCGACACCUUCCAGGGCCCACAAGUCUCGCAGGUGCAAUUCGACCGCAUCAUGGGCUACAUCCAGGCAGGCCGUGACGCCGGUGCCACCGUCGAGAUCGGCGGUAACCGCAAGGGUGACAAGGGUUACUUCAUCGAGCCAACAAUCUUCGCCAACGUCACCGAGGACAUGAAGAUCAUGCAAGAGGAGAUCUUCGGCCCAGUGUGCUCCAUCUCCAAGUUCAAGACCAAGGAGGACGCCAUCAAGGUCGGUAACGCCACCACCUACGGUCUCGCCGCCGCUGUCCACACCAGGAACCUCAACACCGCCAUCGAGGUCUCGAAUGCUCUCCGCGCCGGUACCGUCUGGGUCAACACCUACAACACUCUGCACCACCAGCUUCCAUUCGGUGGCUUCAAGGAGUCCGGUAUUGGACGUGAGCUUGGUGAGGAUGCGUUGGCCAACUACACACAGACCAAGACUGUGUCGAUCCGUCUGGGUGAUGCUCUCUUCGGUUAA